GUGUAUACACAGUGCGGCAAUACCUAAUCUGAAUUGAAGAAAGGCCGCAUCUCUGCUGAUGUCAAUUUGAAUAACACCUCCCUCUAGUCUUAGAAUGCUGAGUUCUGCAAUGAAACACAUGUCCCUGAGCUGAAUCCUGAGGAGGCAGGUCAGCUGCAAUUGGACACGAAGAUUCGCAAUAGACCUGCUAGCAAGUACACCCGAUGGAGGAGGGGGAUGGGGACGCAGGAGCUGGGCGCAGGAGCUCUCUCAGGAAGCGUCAUGUGGCACCCAAGCUGGCUGUUGUUGAUGAAAGCACUCGACGGCAGGCUGCGGCGGCACGCCUAGAUGCUCUGGAAAAUGACAAUGCAAUGGCCCCAGAUGCCAUUGAGGUGCGGGACGAUGAUGAGGCCUUCAACAUCGAUGAAGAGAUGGAGGAAGUUUAUGGAGACAAGCCUAGGUCCCGGAACAAGCGGAGGACGCGGCAGCGAGCCACGGAAGAGAAGCAGAUGGCGGUCAAGAAGGGGCCUAAGACGUUCGAGGAGCUCUUGCAAGAGGCGAAUCUCGAGUCGUUGCCAGCCCACGUGCCUUCUUACCUGACAGCAGGAGUCAACAAGAGGAGGAGGGUGGCACUCGUCCGGACGAAGGAGAUGGCUUUGAUGAUGAUGGAUCAAAGGCCCACUUCAGUGGUGCAAUCGGGCAUCCGCUUGAAGCUCAUCUUUCUUACACUGUUGAGCGUAGUACUCUGCCUCGCAAGUGUAGACGCAGCAUUCUAUGCAAGCACAGCCACCGAGGCUUCUAUCAAAGGAACGUGCCAACUGCCUGGUGAAUCAAAUGAAAGCAACUCAGGAACGAAGCCCCUUGUGUCAGAAGCAGUCAAGGAUCUGGUGCUUGUGCCUGUCACCAUUGCAAACGGUUCCACAUUCACCAUGGCAACGCACGUGUACACCACUCGGCCUGAAGAUUGGAGAGAGACACAGGGGAAUGGAUUUGAUGGACUGUGCAGUCACCGGCAGGACAUUGCUCUGGUUCUUCUGCAUGGUGCAACAUACAAUGCUCGUUACUGGGACGCAGAUGCAAUUGAUGGCCAUCCCUAUUCAUUUGCAAGGCACUUUGCAAGGCUCUGUUACUCGGUGAUUGCUUUAGACAUGCUCGGGGCGGGCCAGUCAGACAGGCCAGAUGGCUUCUCACUCAACACCAAUGAUCACGUGCUGACCAUACACCAGAUCCUCAAGUCGCUGCGGGAGAAUGACAACCCCUUUCGCCGCCGGGCGUUCAAGCACGUGGUCCUCAUGGGGCAUUCUUUCGGCGCCAUUCUCGCAAGGAGCGUCGUGGCCUCCUUCCCUGAUUCUGCGGAUCUCCUUGUCAAUACCGCCGCGAGUUUUGGCUACGAGCCAACGUUGCCAGAGCUCGGGUUUCUGCUUUCAAAGAAUCCAGGGCCGUACAUUAGUCUUCCCACCGAGGGGCCACGUGGCAAUAUGCGAAAGAUCUUUCUGCACGAAGAGACGGUUGCGCCCUCGAUGGUGGACUACGAUCUGACGGCUCUCGUGGAGGCCCUGCCGAGGGCGACCUUCAUCGAGCUGGGCCAGCUGUUUGCGUACCGGCGGUCGCCGGAAAGCGAGGAUGUUGCAAAGGUGGUCGAGAAGUUUCAAACGGACCGGAUAAAGAUCCCAAUCUUUCAUCAGUGCGGGGACCGUGAUCUUUUUGCGAGCCUGGAGAGCUGUCUACAAGGCCCGCUCUUCUUUCCAAAUUCCCCGGAGGUUGUUACCGACCUGCUAGCCGACACGGGUCACUCGUUCAACCUGCACACAAACAACCUGCUCGGGUGGACGAACAUCGCCCGAUACGUUGCUGAAAAGUACCCGGUCGAAAGCUGCAUUUUGUGACAAGUUCGAGACGACUUGAGGAGCGAACGACGUCAAAGGGAAAAAGGAAGCGAUGAAGAGUAGUCAGUUGCGUCUAGCAGAUACAGGCGAGUUUAGUCAGGCCGACGCUUCUUCCGGGGACCGUGAAACAGAUCAAGGUUUGCGUCUUUGCGAAAAGGUAGUAUUGUGUCGGAAUAGGUAGGAUAAUUGGCGCUCGUUGAGGGUUAUGAUUCUGAAUCCCAUUGCCUUGUUCUCAUAAAUGCGUCGGCGAGCUAUUGUCGUCAACCCAUUUCCAAAUUGAAACGUAAGCAGUUAGAUACGUAGUCGACUUAGCAGAUAGUGGAAAGCGUUGCCUCGAGUUGCUCGUAUCAGCUUGCCAGGGGGGCAACACGCAUUGAAGAGUCAGCUUGUGGAACAUAUAUAAGUAAGCUAACGGCACAUACUUGAGCAACUUGGGUAGCAUGUAACCAUGUCGAAAGUGGAUUGCGGCCGGGAAAAGCGUGACACAGAGUAGAGAAAGAGCUGGGACCAGCACUGCGGCACGUACUGUUCUUCAUGAGAACAUGGAUGAUCUGAUAUUUUCGAAGGUAAGCUUUCAGGACAAGUAUCCGUAUCUGAGAAACUGACCUCUGAGACUUCUGUUUGGAGUGCAUGUAAAGGAAGCCUCUUAUCAGCCUCUUGCAACUUUGCAAGUAAUCGCCAGCCUGGGUAUCGUGUAACGUACAACGAGUGUCAUGGGAG